AUGUCGCAGCUUGUGGACCUGAUGCUUGCUGUCGGAAGCUCUCCACCGGUCAGUCCAUCAUCCAACACGGUGGACCUUCCUCCUAUCACUGGCCCUGCAGCGAUUUCAGCAGGCAAUGCUACAGCGAGCAACAAUGAUGAUACCAGUGUCGCAUCCGAGUCUCCGUUGACCACUGUCAGCAACCCAUCCCUCGGCGACAAGCGACGGGCAGAGGAGGACCUUGUGGAAUUUGCUAAGCAGGUCGGUCGCCGAGUUCGCCUCAGGCCAGCGGCGCAGAAGGAACUUGAUGCUAAUGCAGUGCUCUCUCUGUCUGAGCGGACUUUAUGGAUUUCGGCACGCUUGCUCAAGCACGAAGAACAACUGGAGACUAUACAGCCUGCAGAGGUUCAGUGGACUCUGCCGAGGGGGGACAAGAUUGAGGUGUACAGCUAUUUAGUGAUCGUCUCACCGCUGUUACCGGCGUAUGUCAGGCACUCAACACCGAACAAGUGCAUCAAGACGUUAUUCGACCGUCAUACACAUUGGGGCUAUACGACUGAAAUUCGCAACAACACACACAAGAAUCUGAUCGUACUGAAGCGUAUAACAGACCGCUUGACCGACCGGCGUGCAGAGUUGAAGAGUAUGGUGUGGCUCAGCCUCGGACCGGAGAUGCUAUCUGCUAGUGCGACUGCCAAGAGCCGGGCCGCUGCUGCGCGCGUUGACAUCAUGACGUUGUGCGAGAGCAUCGCUGCGCAUCUUGCAGGUACUCGAGUUCAAGUGACUUUAGAGCUGUGUGCUCGUGUAGCUCUGUUGCGGCAGGUGCUGAUCGAGGUUCUGUCCAUACCUACAUUCAACAUCAAUCAAUACUGGGAUCGUGUGGAUACACAUCUUGAGACCAUCCGCACCAAAUAUCCUCAGGCUACUGACGCCCGCAUGAUAACAAAAGUCUUCAUGGCUAUACUGAAUGCGGACAUGAAAGAGUUUGGUUCGCCAUCCUUGCCGGAUGCCCGUGGACAGGAUGCAACGUCUGCGCCGUCUCAGCUUCAAGCCUUGGCGGACGACGCAGCCGACAACUUUGCUCAUGAUCUUCGUGAGGAAUAG